GCAGACACGGCGGCUCCGGGAGUCGUGCAAGCAACUUCACGCACAGCCCCACAUUUCCCACGGGCAUGGCCACGUAACGACAUUUCAGAGUUUAACGAGAAAACCUGCUGUGAAGUGAAGAGGUGUUCCAAAAAUGCAACAUGACAUUUCUCCUGAAAAAGCUCGACUACAGAUAACUAUUUCACAUCCAUCUGUGCAUGAGGCAGUUGUCACCAAGGCCUUGCAGCAACAAAUGACAAGUCUUUGCUGAUUGUUUCUGCUGAGUGGUAAAGAUCCAGCAUGUAGCAGAAGUAAACAAGUCCCCUCACACCUGGGAGCAGUACAACUUUAUAAUGGGGAAUUCGUAUGCUGGGCAGCUGAAAUCUGCUCGAUUUGAGGAGGCCCUCCACAACUCGAUAGAGGCGUCGCUGCGCUCCAGCAGCGGAGAUCCGCAGCCCAUCUUCACGCAGCUCUACCUGGAGCCGGAGUCGUAUCCUGGUAACAUGGAAGUAGAUGUGAAGUCAAAAGCUCACAUAACGGCGCCUGAGUUUACGAACGGUCACUCCUCCAACGAUCCGGAGGAGCUGGAGGAUGACGACGACUCGGACAGCAGCAGUCCUCCGCUUCCCUAUCUGCAUACUCCUGCGCCAGAUGGCUGCUGCACGCUGGACGGAUUUUGUCAAGCUGGAAAGGACCUCCGCCUGGUCUCCAUAGCAACAGAUCCCAUCGAAGUCCCAGCAGGCUUUGAGCUGAUCGGUGCCAAGUCCCCCAGUGUCCCUGAGCACAUUUUGGUGUGUGCCGUGGACCGCCGCUUUUUGCCUGAUGAGAAUGGGAAGAAUGCACUUUUAGGUUUUUCAGGAAACUGUGUUGGCUGUGGUGAGAAGGGUUUCAGAUACUUCACUGAGUUUUCAAAUCACAUCAAUCUGAAGUUAUCCACCCAGCCCAAGAAGCAGAAGCACUUAAAAUACUACCUGGUGAAGAAUUCUCAGGGUGCUCUGUGCAAAGGACCCCUUAUCUGCUGGAAAGACAGUAAAAGCCGUCAGUUUUCCAGCAGUGCAUCGACAUCCAAACCAAGUUCGUCCUCCUCUCUGAGCGGCAAGGAAAACGGAGGCACCAGUGGGCACAGCUCCUCUCCCUUUUCCCUCUCAGAUUCUCCACCCAGCAGGACAGUACAAGCAUCCUCUGUCUUUUUUGGCAGCCAGGACCUUGGGAGAGACUGUAGUUUCCUCAAACCUCUGGCCUCCACUCCUGGAAUCAAGACUCUACCAAUAGUACCCACAGCUCUCAGGGUGAAUGGACCAAAUAAUGGCCUGGGUGUUGAUGUACAUCCUCCUUUGCUGAGCCCUUCCCAGGUGUCUUUAGGGCCUCCAGGACAGGGGCAUCGCACAGCGGAUCUAGGAGACAGUCCAGUGUCAUCUGCUAUGAACUCUGGUCCUCCAAAGAAGCGCCAUCGCAGCUGGCACCCCAGCUCAAUGGUGCCAGUCCCACCUACGGCUGUUCCUGUGCCAGCCAUUCGUCCUAUAAUUUGUUCUCCAGGUUCUGUCUUAGCAGUGUCGUCUCCUCAGCCGCCUGUAGCAGGUGUCAUCCAGCCACAGCCUGUCAGCGCUGGAGAAACAGUCAUCAUCCCCGACAACUUGCUCAGCUCUUCAGGGGUCCGUCCUGUCAUCCUCAUUGGGCAUGGCACUUUACCUUAUUUCUAUGGGAAUGUUGGCGAUAUCGUGGUGAGCCCCCUGCUGAUCAGCUGCUAUAAAAGCAGCCAGCUGACUGAAAAAACCCUGGAGACACUGGGCCUCCACAGCAGCCAGAUACUCAGCGUGGAGACCACGAUCCUACUCACUUUACAGUAUCUUGCACGUUUAGGGUCAGACCAGAUUCCUCUGAGGGAGGAGCUGGAGCAGAUAGUUUUGAAGGCCAUGUUGUGCUGUCCUGGGAGUCCUGCCAUCUCCCCGUCCCAGCUGCCAUGGCUGGCUCGGAUGGAAGCAAGCGUCUCUGGGGGCAGCGUCCAAGUGGUAGUUACCCACAACUCUCUGGGGGAGGGUAUUUCUGAGUCCCUGCGGUCUCUCAGUGAAGUUCCUCACCAUCAGCAGUGCCUGCCAACCUACGUGGUCAUUAUAUGUGCCUCAAAAAUGAGUGGCAACGAGUUCUGCGUGCUCGUUUUGGGAAAAUACCAAGCACGGGCCUUAGCUGAAGGCAUGCUGACAACAAAUGAGUUUCUGAAGGAAAUCAGCUACGAACUCAUCACAGGGAAAGUCAGUAUCCUGGCCUCUCACUUCAAAACCACCUCUCUUGGGGACAAUCUUGACAAGCAGCUGGUGCGAUACCAACGCAGACGGAAAGGACAGGUCAUCCUGCCCUUUCAGGGUGAUGUCACGGACCACAUCCACUCUCAGGAGGCUGCCAGCAUGUCACCAUCAUCAGACACAGCAGAGCUUCUGCAUAAGGUCUUUCAGAUCCAUUCAGCCCAGCUGAGCGUGGCUCGGAGCCUCCUUUCUCAAGUCUGCUCCAUUGCUGAUUCGGGAACCAAGAACCUGGACUUGGGCCGUUUUUGCAAAGUCGAUUUUCUUGUUCUGGUUCCACCAUCUCAUGUUCUGGUACACCAGACAGCACAGCGGAUCCGACAAUCAGGAGUGCUGGUGGACUUGGGGAAUGAAGAUGCCGCCACAGCGUACCAGAAAUCAGAAAAAUACGUGGUGCGUCUGGAUUCUGACGUUCACGCCAAGAUGGAGGUGUUCAUGAAGAAAGUCAAGCAGAACCCCUACACUCUGUUUGUCCUCAUUCAUGACAACGCACACGUUGACCUCACUAGUGCAUUGUCGGGCUCUGUGUGCCACGGGGAGCUGCAGGGUCUGGCUGACCGUGUGGUGAACUGCCAGGAAGUCCUAGAAGCCAUGAAUCUCUUGGUCCUGCAGGUUAGCUGCUUUCCUUACACCCUGCAGACCCACCAGUCCCGCAUCAGCAUCGCAAAUGAAAUUCACUGGCCGUCCAAUGAACGUCAGCAGAGGGAGCAGUCUCCUAAUGAGCUGGGGUACUUUGGACUGAGGGACUACAGCAGCUCCCUGCAGUGGGGCGUGGCCAGUCCUAUCCUGCGCUGUGACGAUGCCUUCGAGAAGAUGGUCCACACUCUUCUGGAAAGACAUCCACACCUACACAGCAUGGUGAUCCGCAGCUACCUGCUGAUUCAGCAGUACACCGAGGCCAUGAUGGCUUUGACCUCCUCCCCUUCACUGAGGGACCACAUAACCCCAGAGACCCUGGCCAUGGUGGAGGACCUGAUCAACACUCCAAGCAGAGAGGGCGCUCAGGGCCGCGGCCACAUGUUGCUGGUCCGCGUCCCCUCCCUGCAGCUGGCCAUGUUGGCCCGAGAGAGACUGGAGGACGUGAGGGACAAACUGGGGCUCCAACUGUGCUUCGCAGUGCUGCUGGGCAGUCCUGCAUCUGAAAUCAACCUGCCCAGAUACUUUGCCAACCGCCUCAGGGCAUGGCGGGGCUGCGAGAAUGAAGACUGGGUACCGCACACAUACGAGGAUCUGGAAGGGCUCCCAUGCAUCAUCAUCCUCACAGGGAAAGAUCCUCUUGGAGAGACUUUUCCCAGGUCUCUGAAAUACAGCGACCUGCGUCUGAUAGACUCCAGCUACUUGACUCGUACGGCCCUGGAGCAAGAGGUGGGUCUGGCCUGCACCUAUGUGUCUACGAGCGUGGUCCAGGAGCCCAAGACGGCCAUGACGCCUCGAGAAUCUGAUGUAGAGAAGACCUCCACUGGUUUGAAUGAUGGAGAUGAGCUUGAGAGACCACAGAGCAAUGGCAGUGCUGCAACCAGAACGUCUGGUUCUCUGGCUGAAAAUGGCGUGAGCUCAUCUGACAUUGUCGACUCUUCUCAGAAGCCCUCCACCUCCACCUCACUCCCCGAAGGUGUCGUCACCUCAGACAUAGGCACAUUAACACAAGGAUUCAAGCAGGAGUGCGACUCUCUGGGAAGCCAGCUUUCCUCCAACCCUUCCAAGACCUCCAACGCCCCUCCGUCCCUUUACUCCAGCUCUUCAUCCUCCUCCCCCUGUACAUCCUCCUCUUCCGCCCAGAGGCCGAGCCAGUCCUCACACUGCGGUCGAGCAUCCAAAUCCUCCAGGGUGUUACCACGGACCGUCAUUUUGUCACGAGCGGCAUACAACCUGCUGGCCGGGGAACCGGGGAGUCAACUGAGCUCCUUCUCACUGCUGCCUCAUGCAGACGUGGCCUGGAGCAGCCCGCUGAGGCCCGUCAUCACCCACAACCAUCAGGGGGCCGAGCAGAGCGUGUACUACCGCCAGUGGACCGCUGCCAGGCAACAUCAUGCUGAUUACGAAGCGUCACGUCUGCCACAUCCACGACGACUCCUGCUCUGUGGACCCCCCCAGGUGGGAAAAACUGGCGCCUACCUGCAGUUUCUCCGUAUCCUGUUUCGUAUGCUCAUCAGACUCUUGGAGGUGGAUGUGUAUGAUGAGGAAGCGGAUGAGGAGGAAGAAACUUCAGAGGGUAUCACUCCAGCAAAUAUCCAGUGGCCUGAUAUUGAGGAUGUUCGAAAAUUACAGUUUGACCCCAACCCCCGAGAUCCUAAGUUCAAACAGGCCAGUCCUGUUUACUCAGACAAGAUGCCCAAGCGCUUAAAAGAUUUCAAACAAGAAGGAGAGAACCAAACACAACCCAAACGAGUGAUCAGAUCGAUGCGGCUCAGCAGGUUUGCAGCCCACAACGCUUUUCAUCACUGCGAGCAGUGCCACAACUACUGUGAGGCAGGGCCAGCCACACAGCUGUCGGAAUGCACCUUCCACGCCUUCACCUUUUGCUCGUCCAUGUUGGGAGAGGAGGUUCAGCUCCAGUUUUUCAUUCCUAAAGCCAAGGAGCAGCACUUUGUUUUCAGUCAGCAGGGCAGCCACCUGGAGUGCUUGCGACUGCCUCUGAUCUCCACCAAGGGCCCCGAUAUUCUCAAGAGUCCUAUCUUCAUCCCAACAACGGGGCGCCAGGAGCACGGCCUGCUCAACCUGUUCCAUGCCAUGGAAGGCGCCAGUCACCUUCACAUUCUCGUAGUCAAACAGUUUGAGAUGCCUCACUACAGGAAGUACUGGCCCAACCACAUCCUGCUCGUCCUGCCUGCGAUGUUCAACAACGCUGGAGUCGGUGCUGCUCGCUUCAUGAUCAAAGAGCUGUCAUACCACAACCUGGAGCUGGAGAGAAACCGGCUGGAGGAGCAAGGUGUCAAGAGACAAGAUGUAUGGCCUUUCAUCGUCAUGAUGGACGACUCCUGUGUACAGUGGAGCACCUACCAGUCAGCAGAUGGAAGUGACACAUCUGAUGGAAGUUCAACCUUCGCCAACGUGUCGCUGAAGACGGUGCUUCAGCACAUGGAGAGCACACCAAAGAUCUCACUGUACGCCAUGUGUGGCAUUCGCAAGUGGAGCAGUAGCCUGGUUCGCAAGUCGUCUAGUAACCCCUUCAGCCGAUGUCACCUUCAUGACUUUGUCAUGCUCAAUGUGGACCUGACACAGAAUGUGCAGUAUGACCUCAAUCGGUAUGACUGCGAGGAGGUGGACUUCAAUCUGAGGAUUAAUAGCAGUGGGCUGCUGCUGUGCCGCUUCAACAACUUCUACCUGAUGAAGAAACACAUUCCAGUCGGGGGAAAUAAAGACUUCAUAGUCAAACCUAAACUCAUGGAAAUAGAAAACCCAGCUCCGUUCAGCCCAUCACAGUACGUCUGCGCCCCAGACAGCGAGCAGACCCUCUUAGAUGCCCCGGCCCAGUUCCUGCUGGAAAGGUUCCUGCAGAGCUGCAGCCACAGAUUGUUUCCGAAGGCCGUUCAGAACAGAAACAACCCAGUUCUGUCCAUUGACAGCUACCUCAACCUCAGCCCGGAGAUUUCUGUGUGCUACAUCAACUCUCGUCCACACUCCACCAACCUUAACCACCUGGGUCUGGUGUUCAGUGGCCUGCUGCUUUAUCUCUGUGACUCCUUCGUCGUCUCUGGACUCCUCAAGAAGUUCAGCUUUCUCAAAGGUGCCACUCUCUGUGUGAUCUGCCAGGACCGGAGCUCCCUGCGUCAGACCAUCGUCCGGCUGGAGCUGGAGGACGAGUGGCAGUUCCGUCUGCGGGACGAGUUUCAGACAGCCAACUGCAGCGAGGAUCGACCUCUCUACUUCUUGACUGGCCGCCACAUUUGAUCCAGUAACCGCCCCAAGUGUACUGUUCUACCGAACAGACGUAAUCAGAAAUAAAGGGAACAGUCCAUCAACCACACCUCUCGCCAGGCCAGCGGAUGUGGCCGUUGUUGCAUAUUUACUACCACAAUGCACUAUUCCUGUCGCCAAACAGGUUCCUUCAAAUCUCACUUGCCACUAGACUUGUCUCCACUUUGGCUUGUUCGACUGAAGAAGACUGCUGGGGGAAUUAAAGAAAAUAGCACAGCGGAAAUUUUAACUUUGUUUUGUUCUCGAAGUUUGAAAAAAAAGGAUGCCCUACAAUCGAUAAAAGGACUAUUUAAAGGUUGCGUGUGUCCAUGAACUUUGCAUCCGGUGUGUCCAGCCCUGGACAUACAAGUUUAUCUCAGGGUUUUGAACGUGGGAGGUCUAAGGGACGUGACUGAAAAGCAUUUUUCCUCCUUGUUCAGUGUACAUUCGGCAUUAACUUACACUGGCACCAAAGACUCAGCUGCACCUUGCCUUUUCCAUUUGCUUUCGUUAGGUUAUUGCACCCGCUCUGCUCUGAAACUCCAUAAAUUAUGUUGACUGGCAAAAUAUGUAUAAAAAACUGAACUAGAAUUGGUUUGUAUUGAAUUUCAGAUACUACUCUUUUAUCCGUGGGGUUUAAACAUUAAUAGACUAUUUGAUCUAGCACAUUUAAACUUUUGUGCCUCUAAAUAUUUAUGUGGCAAGGAUAAUCUUUCUGACAGAAGGCUGUCUGACUGUGGUUGUAGAGUCUGAUUUAUCAAGUCACAACUAUGGAAAUUUCAAGGCUGUGACUUUUCAAGAAUGUAUCACUUUAAUGUUGUUUUAUGGCUUAAAUAUAAAAUUGAUGAUUUUAGUCCGUUAUUUAAAACCCAGACUUAGACUCAGAUAUAUUGUUUUUAAAAACCCAUGUGUUAACAUGCAAUGCCAAUCAGACAAAGCAACACAAACCCAUGUGAAAGAAACAUUGUGCAUUACGCAUUUACUGACCUAAAUGCAGUCUGUAAAUACAAUUUGAUAAUAACCAAGCCCCUUCACUGCCAAUGAUCUCGAGAUUGAUUGUACUUUGACCAUUUUCGCUGCCAUUUUUAGUACUUUAAACUGGUUUCUCCAGGACAAAAAAAAAAAGUGUCAAAAGCAGCUUCCCAGGUCAGUUUAUAUACUUGAAUGUGUCUUUUAAGGUGUUUACUCCACAGAACUGUCCAAAGAACAUGCCUUAAAUGAUGUUUCACACAGGCACGAGUCACCCGUUUUUCAAACCGACGAGACUGAAGAGUUUAACUGCGAGGCAAAGAGAUGUUUGUCCAAAGUAAAGCAAGAUGAUAUAAUUGGAUUUUGGACUACUGUACUGUUUAAAGCUUUGUUUACAUUAUUAAUAUAUUAUAGCUCACCCCCUGAACCACUGAGGGUUACUGAUGUUCUUCUUUUUUUUUAGUCUUGUGUAACUUUUGCCAGUAUAUUUUGGUUAUGUCUUUCUGCAUUUUAUGUUGCGAAGGCACAAAGAAUCUACCUAGAUAUAUCUUUAAACAUAUGUCUGUAUCGCUCUCUGUUCUUGUGUUGGAUUUUUAUUUUAAAUGAAAAUCAAGUCCACGAGAGAUUUUUAUUUAUUUGACAAGUAUUUCGGACGGAUAAUCAUAUUGAAGUGUGAUAUGUGAUUGCAUGCUAAAGGGGUGGGCACUUCCCCCUUCAAAACCAACCACGAUGGCUUUGCACAGGAAGUAGAACGGUAGAUUCACUGAUCUACCAAGUGUCACCUAGGGGUAGGAAAAGUGAACUUGCACUAUUCAAGUUACCAGCCUGAAAAAUAGAAACAAAAUAAUUGUUCCCCCCCGAAUUAGUCCAGAAAUAUGACUGGUGAUCAAAACAUUUUUGUCAUUCUCCACCAGUCUGUAGAAUGGGUGUUUCUUUUUGAUAAUUUAAUACGUAAUAUGCAACUUGCUCUCACAAUCCUCACUGAAACGUGUUUGAUGUGUUUGUGCAGCCUGGUGGUAGCCUCUGUGCCUGGUUGAUCUACCUCAUGUUUACCAUUGUGGUCGCCAGCUGUGAAUAAUAUAACAGUAGAGCCCUGCUAUUGAUGUUGAAAAUUUAUGAAUGUAA